AUCCGGAUGUGACCUGAGGCAGGCGGUGGCGGCAGAGCUGGAGCCGGUCGGGAGAGCGGAGUAGGGAGGGGUCCAUGGAGGGAGAGGACGGUCCUGGCUGGGUUGACUCUCACAGCCAUAAUGGAUGACUUGAACCUCCACUACCGGUUCCUGAACUGGAGGAGGAGGAUCCGGGAGAUUCGAGAGGUGCGGGCUGUCCGCUAUCAGGAGAGAUUCAAACACAUUCUCGUCGACGGGGACACACUGAGUUACCAUGGGAACUCCGGGGAGGUUGGCUGUUACGUCGCCCCCCGCCCACUGUCCAAAGACAACAACUAUUUUGAGGUAUCGAUUGUAGACAGUGGUGUGCGGGGGACCAUUGCCGUGGGCCUUGUGCCGCAAUAUUACAGCCUGGACCAUCAGCCGGGGUGGCUGCCUGAUUCCGUGGCCUACCAUGCUGACGACGGCAAACUCUACAAUGGCAGAGCGAAGGGCCGACAGUUUGGGACGAAGUGCAGCUCAGGGGAUCGGAUCGGCUGCGGGAUUGAGCCGGUUUCUUUUGAGGUCCAGACGGCCCAGAUAUUCUUCACCAAGAACGGAAAGAGGGUUGGCUCCACCAUAAUGCCGCUGUCCCCGGAUGGGCUCUUCCCUGCUGUGGGGAUGCACUCGCUGGGAGAAGAGGUUCGGCUCCACCUUCACGCCGAGCUGGGCAACGAGGAGGACGACAGUAUCAUGAUGGUGGACAGCUAUGAGGACGAGUGGGGCCGGCUUCACGACGUGAAGGUCUGCGGCACGCUCCUGGAGUAUGUGGGCAAGGGAAAGAGCAUCAUCGACGUUGGGCUGGCCCAGGCAAGGCGCCCCCUGAGCACCAGGAGCCACUACUUUGAGGUGGAGAUCGUAGACCCCGGGGAGAAGUGCUAUAUCGCGCUAGGCCUGGCCCGGAAGGACUACCCGAAAAACCGCCAUCCCGGCUGGAGCAGAGGAUCUGUGGCCUACCAUGCAGAUGACGGGAAGAUCUUCCACGGGAGCGGCGUGGGCGACCCCUUCGGGCCCCGGUGCUACAAGGGCGACAUUAUGGGCUGCGGGAUCAUGUUCCCGCGGGAUUACAUCCUUGACAGCGAAGGUGACAGCGACGACAGCUGUGACACCUCAGACCUGAAGCCCAAGCUGCGGGGCGUGCGGAAUGUCAUGUACCUGCACCAGGAGGUGGAGGAGGAGGAGGAAGAGGAAGAGGACGGGGAGGAGAUGGAGCAGGAGCACGAAGGGAAGAAAGUGGUGGUGUUUUUCACACGCAACGGAAAGAUCAUCGGCAAGAAGGACGCGGUGGUGCCAGUCGGUGGCUUCUUCCCCACCAUCGGCAUGCUGAGCAGCGGGGAGAAAGUCAAGGUGGACCUCCACCCACUCAGCGGCUAGGAGACGGGGGGCAUAUCUCAUUCGCCGCCCUCUCUCGCGGUCAGCGCCCUCCCCAUGGGGCACCCCAGGGACGUUCUCCAUCACUUCAAUCUGUUGUGCUUUGAGCCUCUGCCUGCAGAGGCAGCGCUUUGUCACCGGCAGCCGAAGUAUUAUCCUAGCUGGUUCUGAAUGUGUCCCUCCCUGCCCCACCGGGCCCUGGCGCCUGGCAGUCUGCAGGCGGGACGUUGGGGGGGCUGGAGAGAGCUCUGGAUGGGCCUGGGGCUGCCAGCCACCACCAGUCAGAGCACGGGGCAGCCUCCUGUAUGUAGCAACGUGCCAAGCCUUGGGCCCAGCCUGUCCAUCUCAGUGUGGUGUGUGACAUGCGGAGAUGGAGAUGCUGCCUGAGGCCCAAUUCCCACCCCCCUGGGUGGGGCUGGCCCCUUACCCCCUGCUGGCAAGAUUCCUCUUUGCUUUAAUUUCCUGUCUGGCUGCUUCUGUCCUGCAGGGAUCCCGGUAGCUGGGCAUCUGGCCUGGGCUCCGGCUCCCACCUGAGCACGUGUGAGAUCUGUGCCCAUAGAUGGUGUUAUGGCACUGUGGCCUCCUGCCUGCCCCAGCUUGGCCUGCCCUGGUGUUGGUGGGGAAUCAGGUGCCACGUGGAUGGGGGUCUGGGCUGCCUCAAAGCCUCUCCCUGCUGUCCUGGAGUGCCCAAGCCCUGCCCCACUUGCUAAAGAACCGGUGCCCUGGGCAUCCUCCUCUGCCCGUCACUGCAGCUGACAAUGGCCCUCGCGCCCAUGCUGGUUGCCUUAUGACAGUGCCAUGCCAUCUGUCGGGGGCUGGGAUGGCCUGACCCAUGGUGCCAAGUCUCCAGGCCAUCAGCCAGCCUCCUAGGGAGCAGGGCACAGGCCAGGGGAGCAGGCCAUGGUUUUGUCCCUGACCAGUGUCUCUUUUCUCCCUCUGAGGUCAGGGGCUGCGGGUGUCAGGGCAGGCAAACGCAAGCUGCUGUGGCCCCUGGCGUAGUGUCAGGCGGGGGCUUGGCCUCCAGGGGAUGAUGCUGCAGCCCAGUGCCCCUUCGUGGGGGGUCGCAAUCAGCAAACCCUGGCCCUCCACGGUGUGAUCUCAACUGCCCCUCACCCGGCCCCCUGAGGCUACUAGACCCAGCCUGUCUCCUCUCCUAGGGAUCACCAGGAGGUCUGUGAAGGGCAAGGCAGAUGGGUGGGUUUCUUUGGGGUAACUGGGGCUUCCCCCAUGAAACAGCCCCCGAGCAAACUUGGAAACUGUCUCGCUCCCCCAGUCUGUUGUCGGUUGGACUAUGUGCCAUCGGCCCAUCCCCCCGGCUUGGGCUUGUAGCCAGGCUCCAGGGUGGCCCAGCCCUCGCUGCUCCCUGCGGGCCAGUUCAGAGAGUCCACGUGAACCGGGUCUGGGCCACCCCCCAGUUCCGAGUCUGCCCGUGGCUCCUGCUCCCACCCUCCUUAGGGAGGUAGCUCCCUAGCCCGUGGCGGGGGUUCCCCUGGCUGGGCUGAGUCCUCUUGGGUGGGGUGUCACGGUGGGGAGGCCUAUUUCUGCUUCUGGGUACUUCAGCAUCUGCCCCAGAGCUCUCACAACCCCCCCACCCAAAGUGCUUGUGCCUGCCCUGCUGCCAAUGGCGGGGGAGACAGGGCAAAGGCUGGCGACGGAACCCACCUGAGCGCUCCCCGCCCCAGCGUCUCAGCCCAGGCUGGCAGGGCUGCAGGGAGCGAGGGGGCUGCUCAUGGGCAGAGAAUGAAUUCAGGGGGCACGCAAGGGCUUGCUGGCAGAGCUAACAAAGGGGCAGGUUCCUUCGCUCCUCUCCACGGCUCUCUUGGCGGAACAUCUGGGGCCCAGGUUGUGCCGGCUGCCAGCCGUGGCCAGGUGGCUCCUAGCCAAUGAGAGCUGAGCUGCUGGGAGCCCCCUCCACCUCCCGUCUGGGCUGCCCAAAGCUCCCUGGGCCUACGGGGUUGUGUCUGUGAUGGCCGGGGACCCGGUGCCAGGCGCUCACGCAGUCGAGGUGCUAUUGGGGCUUGUGCUGCUGUUUCUUUGCUUAAUUGUUACCAGAUCUUGUGAAUGUAAAAAUCACCCGCCCCCCGCACCCCACUUCAUGUAUCUCCCCACUCAGGUCUGGGCACAGCCCUUAGCUGCUAGUGGGAGGUCGGCCAGCCUGGGGAGGGCUCUGAUUCUGGGACUCUCCCCUGUCAGCCUUGCCCGCCUCCAACUGAGAGAAGCAGCCGGGCUGCUGCUGGGAGGGUGUGAUCCCCUGGGCUGGGACCCUGCAUGGAGCCCGUUUCCUUCCCGCCGCCCCCCCCCCCCCAAGAUGGGGAUC